AUGGACCAACCUGAACAGCAGGAUGAUCAUCCUUCACCAAGAAAGGUAAAUCCAAAAGGAAAGUUUGUGUCUUCUAGCCAAAAGCAGAUGAUCAUCAACGCGUAUAAAACUAAAUUAUUGGCAAAUCCCAAACUUUCAAUAAGACAGGCACGAUCACUUCUUUCCAAAGAAUUAGGCAUUGGUAUUACAACUGUUUCCAACACACUUACAGAGUAUCGCAACUUUAAAACAGUUUCAUCACCUAACAGAACGAAAAUUUUUAAAAAUGUCAAUGAUAAGGUUGAUGAUUUUGACAGAGAAGCGAUACGAAGACAAGUUCAGCAGUUUUGGGUGAAUCGCGAGUUACCAAAUUUAAAUAAAAUUUUAAAUGUUGCGAACGAAGAUGACACUCUACCGAACUUUUCAUUAACAUCACUAUGGCGUCUUUUAAAGUCUAUGGGUUUUAAAUUUACAAAACGAGGACGUAAUAGUGCAUUAAUUGAAAAUGACGAAAUUCGGGCAUGGCGCAGAGAAUAUAUCAGGGAUAUAAGAAAAUAUCGAGAGGAAGGCCGACCGAUAUAUUAUACUGACGAAACGUGGGUGAACGCCGGGGAUGUAGCAAUAAGGGUAUGGCGUGGUACUACAGUAGAAUCGUGCCAAGCUGCAUUUUCUCAGAAUCUUUCUACUGGAAUAGCUAACCCCACUGGAAAAGGGAAACGGCUAAUAGUGUGUCACAUCGGCUCCGAAGAUGGAUUUGUCCCUGAUUCAUUAUUAUGCUUUGAGUCGAAGAAAAACACCGACGACUAUCACGAUGAAAUGAAUGGCGAUAGUUUCCGUGAUUGGUUAGAAGGUGUUUUACCGAGGCUCAAAGAAAAUGCGGUUAUAUUAAUGGACAACGCGCCAUACCACUCGGUAAAGCUUGAAAAAUGCCCGACUACAAACUGGAGGAAGGCUGAUAUCGUCGAAUGGCUAGAAAGCAAAGGAGAAGUUGUUGACAAAAGUAUGAUAAUACCGGAACUUUUGAAAAUUGUCAGAAGGAUAAAACCGAUGUACAACAAAUACGUCAUCGACGAGAUGGUUUCACAACAAAAUAAAACGGUGUGA